AUGUCAUCAUCAUCAAGUUCAUCUCGUAAUAAUCGUCAUCAAAAUCAUAAUCGACAAGAUUAUGAUGAUAGAGAUCCAUCAACUAAUCAAUUAAAUGAUUCAAAUGAAAAUAUCGUUCAUAUUAAAUUUCUUUUACCUGGAACAACAACAGGAAGUGUUAUUGGAAAAGGUGGUGAAAGAAUAGCUUCUUUACAAAAAGAAACAAAUACUAAAAUGAAAAUGUCAAAAGCAGGAGAUUAUUUUCCUGGAACACAAGAACGUGUUUGUCUUGUUGUUGGAACAAUUGUAAAUGUUUUAUCUGUUUAUGAAUUUUUAUCAGAUAAAAUAAAAGAAACAUUUCCAGGUGAUCUUAUACGUUCACGUCAAAUUAAAUUAAUUAUUCCAAAUGCAACAGCUGGAGUUAUUAUUGGAAAAGGUGGUUCAACUAUUGAAAAUAUAAAACAAGAUACAAAUGCAUCACUUACAAUAACACCAAAAUCUGAUAUGUCUGAAAGAGUUAUGACUAUAACUGGUGAAGAUGAUAUUCGAACAAAAGCAUUAGAAAUUGUUUUAGAAAAAUUAUUAGAAGAUCCUCAUCAUGAUAGUAUACCAAGUGUUAAUUAUUCAAAUGAAAAACUUCCAUCAAUUAAUCCACCAUCAAUUAUAAAUGAUAUUCAACCAUUUCAUGAUCAUGUAAUCCAUGGAAAAUUAAAUGGUUUAAUGCCAAUGAAUUCAUCAUCAAAUAUGUCUCUUCAAUUAAGUGGUUUACAACGAUUAUCACAAAUAAUAAUAAAUUCUGGUGGAACAAAUCAUUUAAGUAUUGAUUCACUUGUUCAUUCAUUACAAUCUCUUGGUUUUAUUGAUCCACAUAUAAGAGAAAUAAUACAAUCAAUAACAACUUUAAUUAAUUAUGGUUUAAUAACAAUUGAAAAUCCAUCUCGAACAAAUAUUUAUUCACCAACUGGUUCAACACAUCAUAAUCUAUUUUCAACAAAUUAUAAUAAUUAUUCAUUAUCACAACGUGAUCGUCAAGAUAAUUAUUCUCGAAACAGUACCGAUAUGGAUUAUAAAAGAUUUAAAUCUGAUCAACAACGAACAACUAAAACAAAACGAUAA